GAAGAGAUCGCGAGAAACGACGCGUUUAAAAGAGACUGAAAUUAUUUCGAAAAUCACGGAAAAUAUAGAACUUUAAACGCCUGCCAGAAUGCUGAGAUCGACGGUGCCCGUGCAGCUAACAAAACUGCGAAACAGCGCCGAGGCCGUCGCGUCCAUUGCCCGGGAAAAGGGCUCCCAAAGGGGCCAAGGACAAAAGCAACAGGUGGACAAAGAGCUAUCCACCAUCAUGGAAGAUUUGCAGCGGGAUUACGGGGAUUACAAGUACACGGUGUACCGGUGCGCCAGUAAAUUUGUGGCCCUGCAAAAGAUAUUUCACACUGGAAAAAUCCCCUACAAGCUGGUUUUGGCCAUUUUGGAUCGCCAUAACUUAAGUGGCGGCCUGGAGCUGAUGGUUCCUCCAUUCCAGUUGACCUCCCUGCUCCACGACGUUUACUUUGCCUGCGAAAAGCUGGGCCACUUCAACCGGAAUGUGGACUAUCAACUGGACAGGGCAACCGGGCUGCUGGCAAACUUCUUCUGGAAUGUCUACGAUCCGCAACGCAGACACUCCAUAUCUCUGCUAGAGAUCAGGAUCACCUUCAUACUGCUGUGCAAGCUAUAUAGCAGCGAUCACCUGGUGGGCGACAUCUUUAGCCUGCUGGCCGAUCCCAAGUCGCAGAUCAUCUCCAGAUAUGCAUUCGAACAGCUCCUGGCCACGCUGAGCAAGUUACUCAGCUAUUUGGGCGAGGCCAAGGCCUAUGGCGCCCACAAUCUGCCGCUGGCAAUGGAGCAGUGCUUUGCCCGCUGUCCGCAUGGCGUUGGCGGAUUGACCGAGCCGCAGUUCCACAAACUCUGGACGGGAGCGGGUGUGCAGACGCGGUUCCUGAUCUAUGGCAAUCUGCUGGCACUGGUGAAACGCAUCGAGGACACGGAGCAUCUGAUACACAGCAAUUCCUGUGCCGGCUGUCGUAAGGAGCACAUUGUGGGCAUACGUUUCCGGUGUCAGGUGUGCAGGGAUAUAUCGUUGUGCCUGCCCUGCUUUGCGGUGGGUUUCGCUGGUGGUCGCCACGAGCCAGGGCAUCGGAUGUGCGAGGUGUUCGUGGAGGAUCAGCCGCCCUUGCGUUGGACUCGCCACCUGGCCAAGCUGUGCGGCUGGCUGGUGAUGCCCCGCAAGACACAGGAAGAGGAGCGUCGCGGCUUCUGCAAUGCCCAAGAGAGUGGGCCCGCCUUGGGUCAGACCGCUGCCACGCCCAUUCCCGCGGAGACGCGCAGUGUGCGCAGUCAAUGCCAGGAGAAGGACCGCACAGUAAUCCUCCAGCAACAGCAGCAGGAGCUGUGCUCCCUCACGGGACUAGCCAGCGAGGCGUCCAGCAGGCUGCAGUCCAUCAUCGAUCGAUUGCUGUUGCAAAAUGCGAAACUGGAAACCCAGCUGCAAACAGUGGCCACAGCAUCUAGCUCGGAAAUAUCGCAGUUCCUAAGCGCCCAUCAGUGUUUUCUGCUGCAGAUCAUCGAGGAUAUGAGGCAGCUUUCACAUUCAUCAGCGGCAGCUGCACCACUUGCGCCAGCGCCUCAAGUGGCUCCUUCAGCUGCGCCGCUAGUCAGCUCCACUUUCCUGAGCUCCAGCACGCCUCAGAGGCAGAUAUUCGACAUGUAUGCGCCCGUGGGAGCCAAUCUCACGCACUCCAUAAAUGGCGCCGAACUUAAUCGCAGCUACCUGGAGGCAAACAAAUCGGAUUACUCCCUCAACGACAUAAGCUUGUGGUUUGACCAGCGUCGCUCGAGUGUCCAGCCAGGACCUGGAUCCCUGCCGGCGCCACUGUCGCUGCCCAUGCCACUGGGUGCUCUGCUGGAACAGCAGCCGGCAAACGGCGGAGAUGGCCGCGACACCGAGAUGGUGAACUUUAAGCUGCUGCUGCACAAGGUCAAGGAGAUCGUCGAGGACUCGUAUAGCGACAAUGCCGAACUUUCUGCGGCCACUCAAAAUCUGGAGAACGUUCUCGAUAGUAUCAUUAACGGCGAGGAGCAGCAGCGACGCAUCAGCACGUGAUAAUCAGAAUGCCACAAUGCCCACAUAUAGAUUCCAGCCCGACCAAGUCCAACUAGCUUUAAGUUGUAAAUGUUUAAAUGUACUUUAGACACAAUGACACGAGUCACGCAUUUAUUAUACCCUUUUUCUAUUCACAUGUGCUUUAACAUUCGCAUUAAUGCUUUAAUUUGUAGAUUACAACUCUGACAAGAAUGCAAUAAAACCUAUUGUUUUUUACAAAUAAACAACAUUAAACACAA